AUGGGGGGUGGGCAGCCCCCGCCCCCUCUGGGGAGGGCAUCCAGGCCCCCUCCCCCCGGCCCUCCCGCCCCGCGGCCGCCCCCCACUCGGGCGGGGUGGCCGGGGGUUCCCGGGGGCGGGGGCUGCAAACUUCUGGGGCCUGGGCCGGGGGGCGGCCCCGCUCGCUCGGUCUCCCGCCGAAGCCCGCCCUGCCCUGCCCAACCCUAUGGAGAGCCGCGCCUGGCCGGGGGCCGGCAGCCCGGAGCCCGCCCGAGCCGGCCCGCGGCGCGCCGCCCUCCGCGCACUCACCGUGUCCCUGGGCUCGGGGUGGAGGGGGGGCAGCAGCCUGGGGAGUGGGAGUCCGCCGAGGCUCCCGGCCCGUAUCUUGCUCCUGCUCCAGCCGGUGCCGCUGCCUCCCGGAGCGCGAGGCCCUCCCCCGGGGAAGCCCAGCCCACCGGCCCCGCCCCCGCCGCCUCGGCCGGACCUGGAGCCGAGCCCCCCCUCCCCCGGCCCGGGAGCGGGAGGUCGCUGGUGCAGGGCACCCUGGACGGGCGGCCGCGGGGGGAGGGCGCGGGGGAGGGAGGGGAGCGGGAACGGGCCUCGGGGUCAGAGUCCUCGCGGGCAGUGGUGCCCGGCGUCCGGCUGAGAUUUCAGGAUCGCCUUUCCUCGGCCAAUAGCGGAGCCGGGUCAGGUGGAGAUCGGUGUGACCCGGGCACGGCCCAGCUGGGGAGCCGGCGGGGGCGGGCCUGGGGGAGGCCGCGUGGCCCCCGACGCGCCCUGGGCUGGCGGCUCCGGGUCUCACCCCCAGUGCUUUCGGAACUCUGCGCCCCGCUUUGCCACUCGGCAAGUUUCAGAUCUGGCCCCUCUCCGUCCCAGCCCCCCCGCACCCCUUCUCCCCUUCAGCCCCGGGGCUGCUAUUUAUAG